AGAGGGAGGAGAGUCUGUCCUGUUUCAAUGAAUCCCGCGCGCGGAGACGGACGCAGCCUGACAAAGUCCAGACUCGACAACAACUGGAUGGAUUUUUCUCUCUGACUCCGCUCCUCCAUCCGGGACUUCCAUGACUCCGCAGGGACCCGGGCCGGAGUUGAUGGUCUCUGAGGCGCGAGGUGAACCAUGGCAGCGGCGCUGAGCAUCCUAACUUUGGCGGUGACUUUGAGCCGAGUGAGCUGCGUGCGCUUCUCCCAGGAGCCCUCGGACCAAUCGGUCAUACUGGGAGAGAAGGUGGUGCUCUCCUGCGUGGUCUUCAACUACAGCGGCAUCGUCCAGUGGACAAAGGACGGAUUGGCUCUGGGCAUCGGGGAAGGUCUGAGAGCAGCCUGGCCCAGAUAUCGAAUCCUGCGAGCCCUGGAUACGGGCCAGUACAACUUGGAGAUCUCCCACUCGGAGCUUUCUGAUGACUCUCUGUUCGAGUGUCAGGCCACCGAGGCGGCGCUGCGCUCCAGGAGAGCCAAACUCAACGUGCUCAUUCCUCCCGAGGACCCGGUGGUGGAGGGAACCCCGGAGCUGCUGCUGAUGGCUGGAACGCCAUACAACCUGAGCUGUGUGACCCGCGGAGCCAAGCCUGCAGCCCACAUUCAGUGGACCAAGGACGGAGUCCCCGUGGAUGGAGCCUACCAUGCCACGGAAGUGCUGCCAGACAGGAAGCGAGUCACCACCAGGAGCUACCUGCCCAUCACGCCGGCUGACACCGACAGCAACAGCAACUUCAGCUGCGUGGCAACCAACCCGGCGGUUCCCAUGGGAAAGCGAUCGACAGUAACGCUCAACGUUCACCAUCCACCGACCGUCACCUUGUCCAUCGAGCCUCGCUCAGUUCUGGAGGGCGAGAGAGUCACCUUCACCUGCCAGGCGACUGCUAACCCGCCCAUCAUGGGCUACAGGUGGGCAAAGGGCGGCGUGCUGCUGGAGGGCGCCCGCGAGAGCCUCUUCGUCACCACGGCCGACCACUCCUUCUUCACCGAGCCCGUCUCCUGCCAGGUCUUCAACGCCGUCGGCAGCACCAACGUCAGCAUCCUGGUGGACGUCCACUUCGGUCCCAUCCUGGUGGUGGAGCCUCGUCCAGUCACCGUCGACGUAGACUCCGACGUGACCCUCAACUGUAAGUGGUCCGGGAACCCGCCCUUGACCCUCACCUGGACCAAGAAAGGCUCCAGCAUGGUGCUCAGCAACAACAACCAGCUCUACCUGAAGUCAGUGAGUCAGGCUGACGCGGGACAGUACGUGUGCAAAGCCAUCGUGCCUCGGAUCGGAGUCGGCGAGACGGAAGUCAUGCUCACCGUCAACGGUCCUCCCAUCAUCUCCAGCGACCCAGUCCAGUUUGCUGUCCGUGGAGAGCGCGGCGAGAUCAAAUGCUACAUCGCCAGCACUCCUCCGCCCGACAAGAUCGUCUGGGCUUGGAAGGAGAACGUUUGGGAGAAGGAGAAGGGCACCUUGAUGGAGAGGUACACCGUGGAGCAGAGCAAGCCGCCGUCCCAAGGUGGCGCCGUCCUCUCCACGCUCACGAUCAACAACGUCAUGGAGUCUGACUUCCACUCGCCGUACAACUGCACGGCCUGGAACUCCUUCGGCCCGGGGACCAUGAUCAUCACCCUGGAAGAGACGGAUAUUGUUCCGGUGGGAAUUAUCGCCGGUGGAACGGUGGGCUCCUCCAUCCUGCUGCUGAUGAUCCUGCUGGCGCUCGCCUUCUUCCUCUACCGCCAACGCAAAGGCAGUCGUCGAGGCGUCACUCUCGGCAAGCCAGACAUCAAGGUGGAGACGGUGAACAAGGAGACGACGGGCCUUGAGGAGGAAACCACCAACGUGUCCACGGCAACGCGAAUGGUCAAGGCCAUGUACUCCUUUCUGCCCUCUGUUUCCCUCUCUCCCUCCACUCAGCCGUUCAAAGACGACAUGGACCUGAAGCAGGAGAUCAGGAGCGAGAGCGACACCCGGGAGGAGUACGAGCUGAAGGAUCCAACGAACGGAUACUACAACGUCCGGGCCACGACCCACGAAGAGGCGCGACCCCAGUCUCGUGCCAUCCACUACCAAGGGGAGUUCCGCCCCCCAAAUCCAAACACAGGACCAGCCGGCGCCACAUCCAGUGGACCCUCUGCGGCCCCCGGAGGUGCAGUUCCACCCAGUGCAGUGCCGGGGUCCAGGGCAGGGUGUUAUGACCCGCGUCCGCCCUCAAGGAUAUCACACUCAACUUACGCCCAGUUCAACACCUUCUCCCGAGCGAUGCAGAGCCAACAAGUGGCUCCGAAUCCAGCGCUUCCUUCACCUGGAGAUUAUCCUGGAGACUGUGGCCUUAUGGACAGCACCACCCAGCUGGCUUACGACAACUAUGGAUACCCAGCUCAGUACGCCAGCUACCGCAUUGGCUUUGCCCCACCAAUAGAAGAAGGACCAGCCUAUGAGAUGUACCCCACAGGACAGGGUACUGUACAAGGACCUGGGCCUGGACAGCAGAGCCCGGAGUCAGGCCUCGGGAAGUACGGAACGUCCACUCGCUUCUCCUACUCAUCGCCACCUUCUGAACAUUCCCAGAGACACACACAACGGAUGCAGACUCACGUGUAAAGAAGAGCUCACGACAGGCCAGACGGACGUCCACUGCUCCUGUUCAGAUCAUGACCCAGUAUCAGGUCCUGAACGCCACAGAGAAAAGAACAGCAUCUUUAAAUAGUCAGCAGCAAUGUAGUGCAAAAUUCAUUCAUGACCUCAUUCGGUUGUAGUUGCAAAGAAAGCAAACGCGAGCGGUACAAUCAAAGAGAAGAGCUUCUGCAGUCCUCUUCACGCUCUCCAACCAUCUGCCUGCUUCACAUCCAGUCGCUGUAAAUACGAUUCGGAAGAGACUCCGACCUUCUCAGCAUUGAAGAUGUGAAACCGCAACCUGCAGGAAACCUCAACGUAACGCAUCUAUCGCAGCAUUUGGGCAGCUUUAACAAGAAAUAUAUACCCGGCACUUUUUCCAAUCCUUUCUUCUUCUGCGGAAUCCAGCCAGUUCAGGACGGCGCUGCCUGAGUGAGCGUCACGGGACGAUGAACUCUCUUUUGUAAAGAGCGAACUGCGUGGUUUUGUAUCUGAGCGAAAGACGCUUCGUUUUGUAUCAUCGCUUUGCGCUAUAUUUAACAUUUCACUCAGAGUCUUUGUGACGUGUUUCUUUUUUCAUCCAAUGAAAUUUGUACAAAAAAUACCUCCCCUGCCCCCGAGUGUCGAGCUGUAUCUGUUUCUCUGGCUUGCACAGUAGAGUAGAUCUUUUUCAUAUUUAUACGGAAAUGUAUGAAAAAAAUGGCAUUCAAAGGCAUUUUAUAGUAUUUUUAUAAAGGUUGGGGCGACGUUGACUUUUUUAAACGUGUACGAGGACUGGAUGGUGUUAAUCGAUGCGGAUGUUGAUCCCUGGAAUUGGAAGUAUGUCGGUUUUAACCCAAAAACGAUGACGCCAGCGUUCCAAGUUGAGACUAGUCUCCCGACUCAACCGCCUUUUUGGGAAGGACGUGCGGCUACGUUAACUUCUGGAAGCUAUUUUCCUUUAUGGACAGUGGUACCUGGUUUUCCAAGUCCUUGGUUGGCUCAGUUCCCAGCUUUACCCGGUUAGAAUCAACAUGUUUCAGGGCGCCUGCCGCUGUCUUUAUCGCCUGAUGCAUCGAUGCCCUUCAAGGGUUUUAGGGGUGUGUGUUCUGGAGUGAAGUUCUGAAACAAAAACCCAGGAUAAUCAGGGGUAUACAGGAUAUUUUUGGAUUUGGGUUUUCUCGGAAUCGGAACUAACUGUUUGCAAACAGAGGUGCAACUGUCUACAAUGCCAUGCUCGCUGUUGCUAUUGAAAUAACUCGAUUGCCAUGACUUGUGUCCAGUGCUUUGCGGCAGCUCUUCUAGCUCUGAAAAACAAACGUCUUAAAAAUCUACCUUAUAAACAAAGCACUUUUCCUUUGUGUCCCACAGUCCAUUAAAACGUUUUUCACUUUACAGUGGGUUUUCCUCCUACAUCUUUAGGAAGACGACCAAAUGUUUUGGACAAACCCGAAACCUGGUCAAAACCCCCCUUCAAAGCCCCCAUUUUAAUCAGCAAUAAAGUGACUUUAAAAGUUGAAGAAAGGAAGUGUAGCUGUGCCUCUUCUUCCUGUUAAAAUGUCAAACAUCCGACUAGUAAACGUAGCCCACGCUAACAUAUCAGAAUGUCGGUAUGGAAGGUAUUUCUUUGGACUCAAAUGGAACCUUGUAUAAUGAAGUGUGAGCCCCUUUGCGUUCUUUGGUGUGUAAUACUGGCUUUUGAUAUCAGUGUUCUAAAUGUUGCUUCUUUGGACUUUUAUCAUCAAAAAACCGCCGCAGCAGAACAUACGUGAUGCUAUCAAAGCGCCGAGCCUGGCAGUUUAAUCCUAAAGUCAAUCUGUCGUCCACAUCUGAUCGUGAUGUUGAGAUCUGAAACUCCGCGGGGUCAAAGGUCUCAGAGUGUCUGUCAACACCUGAGAUGAGAAGAAGCAAAGUUUGGCAGUGAAACCAGAGACUAGAGGGGAUUUUGAAAGCUGAAUCAGCAGUUUUCUCAAAAGCGAGUCACGGAGUAAAAAUGGUCCGAUCCAACCCUUUUUUAGGAUCAUUCCUUGGCUUUAUCUUUUUAUCGAUUUUUGCUCCACGAUUCAUAAAGCGGCUUUCGUAGCGGCCAAGUCGCAAUCCAGCGCCGCUUGAAAACCUUGUCUAUGAUAGCGACAUUCCUCCUCACAAAAACAGCCACAACUUUCCUCCCUCAAACAAAGGCGGCGCUCCAAGGUCACCCUGUGAACCACUAGAACGAGAAACAGACGGAGGAGCUUUUCUAUUGAGAUCUCAGCCUUGCUACUGAAUACGAUUACCUCUUUACAAGCUCUUUUACAGCGGCGCCGUGUUUUGCAUCUGACUUGCUGUUGUGACCUUCUGUCGGAGGGAGAGCGACCGACUGCACAGAGACGCAUCCAGGCCUUCGCCAACUCGCGCACCCUUCAAAGGCGUUUAAAAGAACAAACACGCCGAUGCUGCAAAAAGGCAGAUGUUUGCCUUUGAAGCUUGAGCAUUAGACUUUCAGAUCCAGUUUUUCCACGGUAUUUUAAUCUGAUGAAAGUGUCUAGUAGACUUUCAUUUGGCGUAAUUUAUUAACAUUUAUUAACAUUAUUAUUUAUCUCGUACAAUGUGUCCAAUUUAAAAACUGCUUUUAGUCAUUAUUCUUUUUUAUUUUGUUUUACAAAAUAUUAGUAAAUUUGUCUGAUUUUUUAGUGUGUGUUUCUGGAAUAUUUUUGUCAUUUUUUUCUGUUUAAUAUUACAGAUAUUGAUAUAUGAAAUAUAUUUUUUCCUCUUAGUAUAAAAAAAACGACUAUCAAGUACACUAUUGUGAAAUCAACAUUUUCAAAAUGUAACAAUUAUAUAGAAUAUGUAAAUCAGUAGGAUCUCCCUUUUUUAUGUUUUAUUUUCAUUUUAAUUAUUAUUAUUUAAAUGCUUUUGAAUUUUACUAUUCAUAUUUUUACUUCAUCAUUCAUUCAGUAAUAUGAUUAUUCAUCUAUUAUUUCUUUAAUUGUCUAUUUUUUUAAUAUCGAAAUAUUUAUUCAACUUAAAAAAUACUAAACAAUUCAAUUGUAGUUCACAGAUUUUUCAUUAUGACCUAAACAUUAAUAUUUUCUUUUGAAUUAAAUCAAUUUUAACCACUAUUUUCUGGAAUUGUUGGAGGAAUCUUUCAUUUCUUUUUUACCCUUUCAGAAAUGAUAUCUCUUUUCUUUCAUUCUUAUCUAUAUUGCUGUCCACUUCUUUCCUUCAUCACUUUCUCUUUCACGUUGAGCCUUCCAUACUUUCAUCCAUUCUGUGUUCUAUUUCCGUUUAUCUCUCCACGUCUUCGAAGGGAAACGCUUACAAUCAACAUUAGCAAUUCAGCGUUAGCUAUUUGCUAUUAUCAUUCGCAGAAACUGUCAGUCGGUCGGCGCUUGCGGAAGGCAAUCAGAAAAAAACGUCUCCUUUCUCUCUUCUGACGCGACUGGUGCGGUGGACGGUUCCGUUGAAAAGACUUUUUAUUUCAUUUUUCUAUCAUCAUGAAAACCAUUCUCGCCCUUCAAGUCAUGUGAACAUUCCUUCUAAAUUCUUCUCAAGUGCAAAACUCAAAAAUACUUUUGUGCGUGUGUGAAAUGAAGCCAGUAAAACUGCGGCGCUCCACUUCUGCUAACUGGAGCAGGAAACAGGCCAGAAACUCCACGCUGUGCUGAGACUCUCGACGUCCGUUCAGACUUUUUUUGGAGUCACAAGACGCAAGUUAAGACAAGAGUUGUUUUUUUUAAAAAAGAGCUAGUGCAGUUGUGUUGAAUAUGUGCGUAAAUGACAGCUUCCUGUGUUGCAUCUGUGUGUGUUCGCUGCUUGUAACCAAUGGGGAAGGAGGGUCCUCUUGAAUUAUUAGGUCAGUUGUUUCAAGACUUUUCUCUCACAAACCUUCCUAAAUGCAGCUGAGCGCCCCCUCUGUUCAGCCGGUGAAGCCAACGUGCCAAACUAUAAACAAACUGAGGUGUCGCGGAUGAGACGGACGGUGCGUGUGUGUGUGUUUCGGUGUGUGUGGAGUCGUGAAUAUAUUCCUUAUAGUCCGGUACGUUGCUUUCUGACUCGUGUUCCUGUGUGUUGUGGUUCGGUGUCGCGCCGCCGGAUCGACCAAAAGAACUGUACAAAACGUCCGAGAUAUUACUGGAUUUUCUGCCUCGUCUGUCUCUUUGUUUUCCCAAAAUGUAUGUAAUAUUUUUUCACACAAUAACGAAAAAGAAAAUAAAAUACAUCU